AUGAGUAUAAACUUGAUGGAUAGCAAAACUCUACGUUCACUUUUUGGUCCUUUAUUAAAACAUUCAUUGAGAAGGGAAAGUGGUGAGGAAGAGGAAAUUAGAUCGUUUGGAGGUUGCAAAGGGCCAAAUUGUCAUGUCCACUCAUUUCCUAAAUUCGUUUCUUCCCCAAAAUCAUCAGCAUCUUCCAUUUUGGCUGUUGGACCUCCUUCACAUCUUGACACCUUAAAUUCUAAAAAUUUGCCUGAAUCCACCUCUUCCACCUCUCCUUUUGGAAUACCGGGAACUCAUUGCGGUGUCUCUAUCAAUGGUCAAUCAACUUCUUGUAGUGGAGGUGCUAUUUGUCUUGGAGGAAUUUGUGUUUGCAGACCAGGAUUUAGACCUUUAAAUGGACUUUGCCAAAUCUCCAAAGUUGAGUUGGGCGAACGCUGCUUCAUUAACGAACAAUGCAAAAAUAAUGGGUUUUGUAUCAACGGGAUUUGUCAUUGUCGAAAUGAUCAACAAAACAUCAAACCUGAUGACAAUUUAAACAAAAACUUUUUUCAUAGCCGUAAAUGUGCAAAUCGACUUUUAGCUUCAGUCGGCGAUGAUUGUACCAAAGGUCAAAAAUGUGGAUUUAAUUCAAUUUGUGGAAAAUAUAGUGGAGUUUGUGAAUGCCCUAUUGGAAUGGAAAGAAAUGAGGGCAUUUGUAUUGCUGCUAAACGGCCUAGAGGAACACAAUGCUUCAGCAGCUCAGAUUGUAAUUUUCACGCUUUUUGCGACAAUGGCUUUUGUAUUUGCUUGGCGGCAUAUUAUCCAAUUGGUGGUAACUGUCUUCCACCAGCGCUAGCUGUAGGAGAGGAUCCAAGAGCUUAUAUAGAUCCUGACUUGUUGGCUUUAAUUCUAAAAGGAGCUGGGAAUAAAGGUUAUUUUUUUGUCUUUUAG